AUGGCAAGGAGCAAAGUUCCACCGUUUUUUUUUCAGUGGUGCUCACCGGAGGUUGAGAAUCUCACGAUUCUCUCGGUACAGCAAUGGUUUGACCACGGUCGUGAAACCGCGAAAGGAGAUGCUGGGCUUCUCUUUGGAGGUUGCGGUGGCAAGUUCACUGUGCCAACCUGUGUGUUGAUUGCAGAUCAAUGUUUGAGACGAAUCGAGUAUUUGCACUCCAUGGGGAUUCUUCAUCGUGAUAUCAAACCAGAGAACUUCAUGUUUGGGGUGAAGAAUCGCAUCCACGUCAUUCACCUCAUCGAUUUUGGCCUUAGCAAACGGUACUACGACGGGCGUCACGCUACCAUGAGGACCAAUCUCAGCCUCACUGGUACAGCACGUUACGCCUCCAUCAACGCCCAUCGAGGCAUCGAACAGAGUCGCCGAGAUGACUUAGAGGCAAUUGGCCACAUGCUGAUGUGCUUCCUGCGGGGCACUUUGCCUUGGUCGGGGCUUCAAGCCAAGACACAGGAAGAGAAGUACCGAAAGAUUCGGGAGAAGAAGGAACAAACACCUCUUGAAGAGCUUUGUGCCGAGUAUCCCGAGGCCUUUAAGGUGUACUUACAGAAGACCCGCGGCCUUGACUUCACAGAACGCCCGGAUUAUCAUGCGCUGAGGAAGCUGUUCUCGAACUUGCGGCAAGAGACUGGGCCACAAGAAGAUCAUGGUUUUCAGCUCCUUGGCGAGUGA